GUUCGAAUCUUCUGAUGCCCUAGAUUCCUUGUGUGCAGGAGCCUCCACCCCUGCUGCAUAUCCUUCCUCCCUUCCUACACGGCGCUGCUGCCGCUGUUUUACGCUCGCGUUCGAAUCAGCCUGUUUUGCCGGCGGUGAACAGGUCAAGCGCAGGUGCUCUGCGGUUUUCCGCCGUACUUUGGCGUUUCGAGAGGAAACCGUCGUGCACCAUAGGUCUGACGUACGUCCUGCCCCCGCAGGAGGGUACCGGCGGCGGUGCUUCCACCACCACCAUCGCGGUGGGUGUUUCGGCGCUUACAGCAAGCUGUGGCAGCUGUAGCACCAUUUUCGAGGCCAGGAGCAAGAAGCGCGGUAGGGGAGCAUGGAGCGCGACCAGCGCGGCGACAGAUAGCGGGGACAGCGACUCCGGGGGAGGUUCCGGCGAUGAACGCGAACAACGUUCUUCCGCCUCCUCCCGCCCCAAGAAGCGCUUCGUUUGGCCCGAGGAGCUACACCGAGACUUCAUCGCUGCUGUGUUCGACAUGGGGCUCAAGAAGGCCGAGCCUUCCCGCUUGAAGGACCUGCUGCCCAAGAAGGACAGGUCAAUAGAGGCCGAUGUGAUGAGGAGCCACAUCCAGAAGCUGCGGAGCUUUCGGUACCAGAUGAAGAACACCUUAGCCGGAGACAACCUCGACACCGCGGAGGAGCUAGCGCAGAAGGGGAUACUCCCGAACGGGGAACUAGGCAUGAGCCUAGAGCACCGCCGCGACGGGUCCAUGUCGUUGACAAGAGGGCUUUCGGAGAAUGGUGACGGGGUUAACAUGGCGGCACCGGACCAGUUAAAGGAGGCCUUCGGUGUCCCUAGGGACUUAGCCAGCGCCAUCGACCGUCUUGAAGGCCCGCAGUCCAUGAAGAGGAGCGUGGAGCUCAUGGGGCAGUGCGUGCAGGUGCAGCGCAGUGCUCACGGGAUUCUAAUGAACGCGAUGGAGACACAGCAAGCCCUCAUGACCGCCCUCAUGGAGAAGAUGCGGGUGGUGGGAUUCCCGGUGGCCAGCACGCCGGACGCUCGUGGGGGUGCUGCUGCUCCGGCGUUAGGCGAGACUCCACAAGGUGGCGGCUGUCAUUCGACAGCGCCCUUGAGCGUGUCCGGCGGUGGCGUCACCAGCAGCCUCUGGCCGCCGAACCAGCAGCAGACAUCGUCGUCUCCCUUGGCGUCGCCAUCGCCAUCUUCGUCCCUGCCCUGUCCUCCAGAGGGCAACGGUGGUCUUGCCGCUUUCCCCGGCAACCGAAAAGUUACCACGACGGUUCGCGUCGCCGGCGGCAGCGGUGGUGGCGAUAGGGUUCCAAUACCGGCACGGCCUGUGGGGAUAGGGACACACGCCGGAGUGGCCAGCAUGCUGCAAGCUUCGGCCCAGAGCAUGAAGUUUGCGAACCCGGCCCCGGCCCAGCCUCCAGCAAACGCGCCGACAUCGACGAGGGCUGCCAUCCCGGGGGGCUCUGCAAACCUUUUUUCCUUCGUGCCAACCCCCCGCGCCGACGAAAACCCGGGGUACAAAACAACCGCGUCGUCUUCGGGCACCGGCUCCGCGACAGAACCUGCAGCACCGUCAGAGGAAGUUGCGGGGGCGGUGGCAACGCCGGUGGCGAUGGGUGCUUCCGAGGGGGGGGGAGGUCCAAGCAGCGGGCCCCCCCGCGAGGGGGGGGGGUACCUGGGGUUAGGGCUGGAAGUCGGGGACUACUGGGAGACGGACAUGUUGGACGUGGGCAACGUCGCGGCGGAGGCGCUGGACGAGACAAGCCUGAGAAUGGAGAUGCAGUCGAGCAUGGACAUCCACAGAGUGAUGCGGGCCAGGCAAAAGAACCAGUUGCAGCUGCACGCACAGCAAGAGCAACGGCAGGAGCUCCAAGGCGGGGGAGGGAACAACGCCGACGGCGAGGUGGGAGAUGCCCGCCGUGCUACCGCCGACGUUGCUGGUAAUAGUAGCGCCGACGGGUUCGCGCUUCCCGCUCCGAGAAUAACUCCAGGCAAAGACAACAGCAGCGGUUCUACUACAGGCACGGCACCCGCAGCAAACGUGGAAGCGGACGGCGCCCCUGCCUUCAGCGUCGACCCCACCUCUCGUGGCGGUGCAACUACCGCCGCAAGAGCAACAACAGGGGAUGGCCCGCUGCCAGCACCCCCACCAGACAACGGCACCGCCGCAACGCGUGUAGCGGAAGCUGUCGGUAGCGGCAACGGCAUGAUGACGUCACAGCAGUACGGGGUGUCUUCGCCCCGGAGUGACGGAGAUACCCCGACCUUGAUGAACGCCGACUGGAACUGGGACGAGGAUAAGUUGGACGCGCAGCUGUUUAGUUUCCUGCUGGACACCCCGCAGUCUGGAUAGCAAUUAUUUCGUUUUGCACCAAUGUGUAUCAAUCAGCGCCCACAGCAUUUUUCUGCCGGGUUCGCGUUGUUUUUUUAAUAUUUUAGUCGCCCGAGUCAUGUCUGUAGAGUUUUUGACUGGAAGCAAGCUUGGGUGAAAGGCCAACUGAGAGACAUGUCGUAUCUCCCGUGUACCAUAUCUACUCUGGGGGCGUCCACUCCUGUACAGAACAGGCCGUUAAUUUAGCAACGCCAAACUUGGUGAAGGCUCAACGUUAGAUAUCAUCAUAUCAUCACCGUCAAGGGCAGCAGGUCAUCAUAUGGUAGAUUUUUGUGUAGAUUUGCUGCUGCCCUCUCUACUUCUUGAUUUUGGUAAAAUUGGGGCUUUUAUAUCUGAACGGGUUGGGGGGGGCGAGUCCGGUAACUGGGAUGGAUGCGACUGACCUUGUUCAUGCCGAAUUUGACCGCGCUUGAAAAUAGGGUGCACAACUUAUCACAAAAAAACUGUCUCUCCUCCAAUGAGGGGGUGUGAGGACGUUUGGGCGACCUUUAGACUGUGUGGCGGAUUGCAUUGGAAAGAUUUUCAUAAUAAUCUACGGGCUGUGUUUGUUUUCGUUCCUGCUGACACAAUAUUAUUGAGGAAUAGAGGACGAUACAUGACAUGAUGGUAGGCUGGAUCUAAGCGAACAUCGAUAUCCUUUUUUUGUUUGUUGUGGAGUCAGCGUCCCUUGCAUCGUCGGUGUUAUUCCGGUUGCUACAUGUAUGUAUGAUACGCUGAUAGCGUGCUUCUCGCGCAACAGAUUUGGAGUUCGAUAGCUCGAACUCGGCCACUGAAUCUUCUUGUUGAUACGUUUUCUACCUCGAUGUUGGCAGAGGAUAAAAACAAAGGGGGGGGGGAAGCCAAGCAUCCGGUUGAUGAUGUUGUCUUCACAGCUAUAAAUGAAUCUAUGAUGCGUCGGUUGAGUUGUUUUUGUUUUUUUUUGUUUUUUCUCCCAUCAUUGGACUCU